AUGCACUCGUUACUGCUGGGACUCGAAAAGUUUUAUGCGACCAAUUCAAACAAAGCUUACAUGAAUGGUGAUGACCAAGAACUUUCUGAUUCUUAUGAGGACUCAAAUAUUCCAAAGAAAACAGAUCUCUUAUCUCAGACAACCACCAGCGUUACGAAUGCUAAGAUUGUGGAGAGACAAUACCAACAAGCAGACGACAAUGAAAAGAAAUACCUUAGAUCUACAUGCAGUGAUGAUCCACUGGAUAUGCCCUAUUUGAUGAAUAUUAUGACUGAACCUCAAAUAAAUAUCACGCCCAAGUUUGAUUCUAGUGUUGUGAGCUACGAAGUCAGUGUGCCUUACGAAAUCUUACUUAUCAAAAUUUGGGCCUUCGCUCGAAGCUGCCAAUGUGAAGCCAGGAUGGAUGACAAAUUCGGUGUAUCAAGACCCGCCAACUACACCCUCGGGGUAGGCACCAACCGAGUUACUUUAGUGGUGGUAGAUGUUACCCAUCCAGAGCCCUUGGUCGUGAAUACAUAUAUUGUUCAUAUCCAUCGUCGAACACUUCUUGGUACUGAGUUCAACAAAGAUCACCCCCACUCUGUCUGCAGCCUCAAGCAGGACUGUUCGUUGAAGUUUGUCCCAAACAUCGAAUGUGGUCUUCAAAACACAGCCUUCGAUUCUUGGUCAGACCUGUUGUCUUACAUUGCCAUACUGCCGCCCUGUGUGACCUCUGAUAUGCCAGGUCAGUGGGUGGUGCCGUGCAGUCAAUGCUCACCAAAUUCUCUCUGCUACUGGCAGAAAGCAAUAUGGCAGCCCAAAUCAUGUACUUACCGAUGGAUCUCGAGAAACAAAUUAACGAAAUGUUUUGCCCGAAAAAAGAUACUGUUCCUAGGUGACUCAACCAACCGUGGUAUUAUGCAUUACCUGUUAGAACAGGUAAACGGAACAUUGCAGGAAUGGGACAAGACCCAUGAUAUCAAACUCUACAGCAAUCUCAAUAAUCAUAAGACCAGCAUGAGCUUCGCCUACUACCCUCAGUUUUGGCUCCCUACUGACCAUCGACCAACAUUUGACAAGGCAUUCUAUCAGCUCGUUCGCAAAAACUUACCGUUGGAGAACAAUACUAACACGGCUUUAGUGAUUGGCGGUGUUCAUUGGCUAGACAAGCGACAUGUAGAUAUAAUCAUGAGAGGGAUCCAAAGGGAAGGUCUGACCGGCAUCAAGUUGAUAAUCAAAGACCUAGGUGCAGGCUUCCAUCAACCAGUCGAAGGGCUCCACUGCCUUACUCAAAAAGAACAACAGAAAUUGCUGUUUCAUAAUAUUGCUUUGACAAGUUAUGCCCGCCAACAUGGCUUCCAUGUUGUAGAAACGUUUAAUAUGACGAUGGGGCGCUAUAAGGACUUUCUGCAAGGACAAUGCGCUUGCCAUUUCCACAGAGUUGUAGUUCAAAAGAAACAGAAGCAGAACUGUGGCCAUCGAUGCCCCAGUCAUCGUUCACAUCAGCCGAAGGUGUCGUCACCACCGUCAUUCCACGUAGAAGGGGAGAUAAAUGCUGUCUACUCAGAGAUGAUGAUCACUCAGAUCUGUUCACAUAUGAUCUAUGAUGGUGUAUGA